AUGGAGCACUUCCCCGACGGGGCGCACGUGCGGCUGCGGAGCCGGGUGCACGGCACGUUCCUCCACGCCGACGCGGACGGGGUGGGCGUCUCCCCGAGCCCGCGGCGCGCGUCGCUGAGCGCGGCGUGGGCGGCGCACCGCGUCGAGCGCGGCGGCGCCGCCUACGUGCUCCUCCGCAGCAACGCCUACGGCCGAUACCUCGCCCUCUGGGCCCCGCCCGCGCCGCGGGGGCAGGGCCGCAGCGCCCGCAGCCCCGUCCUGCGCGUCUACGACUCCCCGGAGCAGGACGACGUCCUCUGGGUGGCCGUCAGGGCGCGGGACGGGGGCGACGACGUCCUCUUGCGCCACGGCAGGGACGACACGUCGUUCCUCGGCGUCACCGUGGACAGCCAUGACAGCCGGCAAACGCAUUGGGUGGUCGAGGCCAUCCCCGCGAGACAGAGGCCGCCAAUCCUUCCAGCUCCAGUUCCGCUUUCCCGUCCAAUGGUGCUGUGGCGGACGAUCUCGUACGUGCGGGCGGACGACGACGGGAACUUCGACCCGCGCCCGCUCGCCAGGAGAUGGUUCAUUUUCUACGGCAGGUCCGUGUUCCAGCUGACGGGCGUCCUGUCGAUCCUUCUGCGCGAGAGGUUCUUCGGCAUCAGGCUGUGCGUGCGGGCCGGCUCCCAGGGGCGGCUGACCCCUCUCGUCAUCGACCUGCCUGCCAACGAGCAGACCAUGGACAUCGUCGUCCUCACCGCCUGGUCAUCAGCUGCUCAGGGUCAGGAGUUGGUGUAUCCAGAUGUUGAUGCGUAG